AUGGACAACACCACGCUCCACACUUUUCUCUUCCACUGCCCUGCCGCACUACGCAGUGUAGUAUUACUUGGAUCCUGGGAUAACUUUACCCGGUCAUAUCCACUGGAACUCGACUCACGCGGGGGCCGUAAUAUAUGGAAAGGUUGCUUUACUUUUUCUGACAUUAUCUGCGACGGAGACCUGACCCAGCAAUCACCAAAACGCGACGGACCACUUAAGAUGGGUGGCACUUAUUGGUACUAUUACAAGGUCGACGGUGAUGAGGAGCUACACAACCCUGCUGAGGAAUCUACAACAUUUUGCCCUCUUCUGCCAGGUCAACGCCUCAACGUUCUAGAUGUACCUCGUGAAGGACACAACCGCAGCAACUCUGAUACGACUUCUGCUUUCACACGUAAUCCCAACGAUAGAUAUCUUACGCCAGUUCCACCUACGCCUCCAAGGUCGCAUCCUUCCUCACGGCCAGCGGGGACACCAGAGGCAUCAACGCUUCCUUUGCCUUCGCCCUGGACCCCGCGGUCUGCGACACAUGCACCCAUGGAUUGUUUCUUGUCGCCGCACAAUGUGCGCCAUGCGCGAAGUGCAUCGGCAUCACCCUACUUGCCUUCUACUCCCAUCUUCGCAGACUUCAAGGCCCUGAAAGACAAGCUGGCCUCGAAACGAGCCAACUCGAGAAAUCGAUGUGGAUCGAAACCCAGAGAGUUGGAAAUUAGUUCGCCUGUGCUUGUCAGUGGUGGAGAGGAUCUCAACCUCAUUCCCUUGUCAGUGUAUCGUCCAUCAGUUGAAUCAAUACGAGAGGCCCAACCAGAAACUACGCCGCAACGAUCUUUGCCCUCUUUGAGAAAGAAGUUCUCUCCCUUGGCAUCACAUCCUGUGGACCCUGAUCUAGACUCGGCUUUUGGACCUGCCGAGCUAUCGGCCAUCGAGGAGCGCCCCACGCGCAGACGAUCGCAUGUGCCCUCAUCAAUCAUUACCAGCGAAUUCCAGGUCGAGCAGUCCAGACUUCGUGCCAACUCAGCAGACACACGGCGAACACGGCAUUACCUCUUCUCCAACGAUCCAUGGCUCACCUCACCCAAGUUGAUGCAAAAUCCUCAAGAGAAGGACACCGUGGUGGAGGAUGACACCCCAUCUGCCCCUAUCUUAUCGCGGCCCUCUAGCUACCUUGGAGCCCCAACACCAGACGAUCGCCCUACAUCUAACCAUGGCGAGCGUCCCAACCCAACAUUCCGGAAGUCACUUCUCGACAAGGAGCUUCCCGCACUUCCCCGUUACCUAAUACCCGCACCCCUGUACGCCUGCAACCGCUCCCCAACCACCAACUCAGAAGCCGAACAGUCAGAAGACGAGUUCGAAGAAGCCGACGACGAAGAGCGCCUGGACAGCUUGAAUUUGGAUCUUGAUUUGCAAUUCGAGCAAAAAGCCCGCAGCCACUUCUCCACCUGGAGCAACGACUCCAUCGGCUACAACUCUCCCAUCUCAGACGAAGACGAAAUCGUCCUCUCCCCAACCUUCAGCUCCUUCACCAGCAACGACAGCGAUGGCGACAUACCCCAGGGCCUCUUAAUCCGCUACUCAUACGCUGAUCCCACCCCUUCCUCUCCUACCCACCUCUCGUGCCUCCUCUCCCAAAUCCAGCUCCAAACCGCAACCAGAACCACCCCGUCCUCCCCUUCUACUUCCUCUUCCUCUUCCUCCAACAAUGACGAAGACUACGAAGAAGAACAAGACGACACAACCUCCACGCACCGCAUCUCCACCCCACCCCGCCUAUCCUCCCUCCGCAUCUCAACCUUCGACUCCAACCUCUUCACCUCGCCCCCCACUUCCCCGCACAUCCUCUCCACCACCUCCUCCCGCCGCUCCUCCCGCCGCCAAGCCGCCUGCUUCGGCCUCGGCUUCCAGUACAGCCUCCCCGCCGACGAGACAACGAGCAAGAGCACGCUUGCGGAAAGCGAAGCGAGAAGCGUGGAGCACAUUAUGCAUCAGAGGACUAUUAGCGUGCAUAGGGAGAGUGCGGUUAGUCGACUCGAUGCGUUGAUGGAGGACUUUGGGUUCUUGGGUGAUGCGGUUAUUUAG